ACCUAAAAUAUGAAAAUAUUUCAUUUUGACGUUGUGAAUGUAUUUAAAACAAUUACUUUAAUUAUUUUGAUAAAUAGCAAAAGUGUAUUUUUAAAAGAAUCUGUGAUAACCGCCAUUGACCAGAGAGGAGAUCGCUUGAACUUUACCGAGCUCGCGGUUUUGUUGGGGCUUCCUGUUGAAGAAUACGACGUGAUCACUGAAGAUGGCUACAUUCUCGGUAUAUACCGCAUCCCUGGUCUACUAAAACCGCCCACUCUUCUUGUGCACGGUAUAGAGCUAGCAGCUGACAGUUGGCUACUACGUGGGCACGCGUCUCUACCCAUUGUACUAGCAAAAUUAAACCAUGACCUUUGGUUUGCAAAUGUUAGAGGAAACGUAUACUCCAGAAGACAUGUCCACUUGAACCCGGAUAUUGAUAAAGAAUUUUGGGAUUUCUCCUUCCACGAGCACGGCUACUACGACUUGGCGACUACUAUUGACACAGUGUUAAACAAAACCAACUCAUUACAAAUAAAUGCAAUCGGUUAUUCGCAAGGGUACAUUACAGUACUCACGAGCACCAGACCCGAAUAUAAUGCUAAAAUUAAUUUGACAAUUUAUCUCGCGCCGAUAGCUUACUUAAACAAACUUCAACCACCUCUGUUGUAUUCAAUUGCAUUUUCCCCUGAGAUAAAUGUUAUUUUGAAGAAGCUAGGAAUGUAUGAAUUCUUUGGAUACAACAGCCAGCUAACUGUGAAAUUGAGAAAAUUGUGUACGGACCCCGAAUUGAGCUACGCGGCAUGCGCUUAUGGGUACGCUUUCCCGAUAGCCGGAUAUGAUCCUGAUCAGUUAGAACCUCCUUUCUAUCGCAUCACUAACUAUUAUUUUCCGGUUGGGUCAUCGCGAAAGAAUUUGAUACACUUCGGCCAAAUCGGACGGACUGGCAGAUUGGCACAGUACGAUUACGGUCCACUUAAAAAUAUGGCUGUUUACAACGCUUCUAUUCCUCCAAAAUAUAAUUUGACGAACGUACGCAGCCCUGUAGUCAUUAUGGUAGGGCGGGGAGACAAGCUGGCGACAAUCGAGAAUGCAGUAGCUUUACGAUAUCAGCUGCCAAAUGUCAAGCAGUUUGUAGUGCUUCCGCGGACUGAAGCUAACCACCUUGACUUCAUCUGGGGCAGGACUAUGGCCGAUUACUUGUAUCCAUAUAUUUUAAACGCUCUUGGUUAUUAAUAAAUAUUGAAAUCAUUAUGAUAUUCUUAAUUUGUUGACAUAAU